GCCUCACAGAACGCGCCGUCAAAUCCGCCCCACCUCCGCGCACAGAAGGUGCUCGACGACUUGCCAGGCAUGGACAGCGACGAUGAGAUGGUUGCCCUGCUGCUGGAGGACGAGCAAGCGUUCGACGACGACCUGCGGGAGCAUUUGCUGAUCAUCGCGUCCCUCCAGGACAUGCUUGACGCUGAGGCGGAGAAGAGGAAGAGGCCGCGCCGCGGAGGAUCAAGGCCGGGAAGAAGGAAGUCGAAGCCCCGGCAGAGGAUGGAGGGGCAUGCCAUGCUGCACAACGACUACUUCGCCGACGGGGCAACACAUGCCGACAAUUUUCGGCGCCGGUACAGGAUGAGCAAGGGCCUGUUCAUGAAUAUCCUCCACGGCGUUCGAGAGUUCGACCCCUACUUCAAGCUCAAGGUCGACGCUGUAGGCGUUCUCGGGUUCACAUCCAUUCAGAAGUGCACCGCCGCCAUGAGGAUGCUUGCAUACGGAGCACCUGCCGAUACACAGGACGACUACCUUCGCAUGAGUGAGUCUACUGCCAUUGAAUGCAUGUACAAGUUUUGCCGAGCUGUGGUGGGAAAGUUUGGCAAAUACUACUUGAGAGGGCCAACUGAGGAAGAGACUGCAAGGAUCAUGGCACAAAAUGCUGCCAGAGGAUUUCCUGGAAUGCUUGGAAGCAUCGAUUGCAUGCACUGGGCAUGGAAGAACUGCCCGUUUGCUUGGCAAGGUAUAUACAAAGGGCGUCAUGGAUAUUGCAGUGUGGUGCUUGAAGCUGUGGCAGAUUAUGACCUGUGGAUUUGGCAUUCUUUCUUUGGCAUGGCGGGAUCACACAAUGACAUCAACGUGUUGCAGCGGUCUCCGGUGUUCAGCAGACUAGUGGAAGGGCAUGCUCCACCAUGCAACUAUGAGAUCAAUGGCCACCAAUAUACCAAAGGCUAUUAUCUAGCCGAUGGUAUAUAUCCAAAAUGGGCCACUUUUGUCAAAACAAUCUCGAAUCCAUCAGGUCUGAAGAAUUCUCACUUUGCUACACGACAGGAGGCUUGCAGGAAGGAUGUCGAGCGGGCAUUUGGUGUGCUUCAAGCACAAUUUGCCAUUGUCCGGUACCCUGCUCUAAGCUGGUCUCACGACCAAAUGUGGGAGGUGAUGCAGGCUUGUGUGAUCAUGCACAACAUGAUCAUCGAGGAUGACCGCAAGAAUCAUGUUAGGUCACAUGUUGGUCCCUAUGAGUGUCAAGGCCCUCUCGCGGAGGUUGAUCAUGAGUUGCCUGCAGAUUUUGCUGAUUUUCUCGCCAUGCACGAAGAGAUCCGUGACAGCAAUGUGCAUGAGCAACUUCAAGCUGAUCUCGUUGAGCAUUUGUGGAGGAUCAAAGGAAAUACCGUGGCACCUUGAUGUAUCAUCUAGCCCUUUUUUUUAUAUUUGAUUACUUGUUUUA